UAUUUUUGCAGCUCAACUCAGUGUGUCAACAAGAUCCGUCUAAAUGGAUGGAAGAAAUAAGAAGUGGUGCGUGUGCAGGUUAACCAUACAAAAGGAAACAGGAAAAGUGCGAUGGUGCUUUGGAUCGGAAAGUUCUUGGACGACGAAAGUCAAGAUAUUAAUGUUCCUACCUGUUGUGUUGUUGACGUUCGUUGCUCUUUACAUUGUUAUCACUCACUUUAAUGAACAAGCCCACAUGAAUAAGACAACAAACGAUGUCAACAAAACGAAUGAAAUAAAUCAAAGUGAUGCUAAUUUUGUUGGUGACAAACGAAUGUUUAAUAACUUUUUUGAUGACUCAGAUUUUGAUGCAGGUCCAAAAAUCUUUGAGUACGAUCCUUUUAAAUUAUGGAACGACGCGUUAACAUCAGAAGAAGUAAGAAAAUAUCAAGGUGAGAACAUGUUAAGAUACAUGGAUAUGAGCACAUCACCUUGCGAUGACUUUUAUCAAUAUGCUUGUGGAAAUUGGUCUUUAUAUCACCCAAUACCACCAGAUAAAAUUGGUUAUGACACUUUUGAAUUAGUCAGAGAGAAUUUAGACGUUUAUUUGAAAGAACUUUUAGAAAAUAUCGAUAACAACGAAUCUUUAUUAACCCAGGAAAUUAUUAAAAAGCAAAGUUUUAGUUACUCGACGGGAAAUGUUCCAUAUUUCGAAAAACUCCUCGAAAAUUUAAACGAAACUAUUCUUUUUGAUCCCAUUUUAAAAUGUAAAUACAUCUAUAAAUCAUGUAUGAACGAAGAAUUAAUUUCAGCAAAAGGUUCUCAACCUCUUUUCGAUUUACUCAAACAUUUAAGAUAUUGGCCCGUUAUCCAAUCAGAAUGGAGCCCAUCUAAAUUUGAUUUGGUUUGGUUAUUGGGUCAAUUAAGAUUAUAUAAUAACGAUAUCUUUAUUGAAGAAUGGGUGGGAAUUGAUAUAAAAAAUUCAAGUGAACAUAUAAUACAAAUAGAUCAGAGUUCGUUAGGUUUACCAAAUAGAAUAUAUUAUUUAGACCCGGAAAUGAAGAAAUAUUUAGAAGCUUACCGUCAAUUUUUAUUGGAUACAACAUUGAUUUUAGGUGCAGAUUACGAAAAAGCUAAAGAAGACGUAGACGAUAUCAUCAGAUUCGAAACGGAUCUCGCCGAGAUCUCCUUAGACCCGGAAAGUCGAAGAAAUUUAUCCAAUUUGUAUCACAAGCUUAGUUUGGGCGAGCUCCAAAACGAAGUUCCCGAAAUCUAUUGGAUGAAGUAUUUUAAAGUCGUAACCGAUCGAAAUUUACCGUUAGAAACAAAGAUCGUUUGUUAUUGUAUUGAUUACUUGAAAAAUUUGGUGAUUUUAUUAAAAAAAUACAACCCAAGAACAAUAACUAAUUACAUUUUAUGGCGAUUCGUAAGAAAUAGAAUUAAUAAUCUUGACGAAAGAUUUAAUUUAGUUAAGCAAAGAUUUUAUCAUAUUCUUUUUGGUCGGGAAAAAGCUCCUCCAAGAUGGCAAUUUUGCGUCGCUCAAGUUAAUUCUUACUUAGGAAUGGCUUUGGGACAUCUUUUCGUUAAACGUCAUUUCGACGAAAACGACAAAAAUGACACUUUGCAUAUGACCAGAGAACUACAAGAAGCGUUCUUAGACAUUUUGGAAGACAGCGAUUGGUUGGGCGAUUACACCAAAUCGGUGGCUAUAUCAAAAAUUAAAGCUAUGAGAUUAAAAAUUGGUUAUCCAGAUCUAAUUUUGGAUACAUCGGCUUUAAUUGAUCGAUAUCUAGAUAUCAAAGUGCAUCCUAAUUAUUAUUUUGAAAAUUGUUUGGUGGUUUUGCAGCACGUCGCUAAAAGCGAACAUUUAAAAAUAGGAAAAACCGUCAAUAAAAACAUUUGGAAUACACCCCCAACUAUCGUUAAUGCUUAUUACAGCAGGAAUAAAAAUCAAAUAAUGUUUCCUGCUGGAAUAUUACAACCACCAUUUUACCACCAACACUAUCCCCAAGCAUUAAAUUACGGUGGAAUAGGUGUGGUAAUUGGUCACGAAAUCAGUCACGGUUUUGAUGAUAAAGGUAAACUUUUCGACGAGGACGGAAAUUUGAACAGCUGGUGGACGCGCGAAGCCACGGAAAAAUUUCAAGAAAAAUCAAAAUGCCUCAUUGACCAAUACAACUCGUUUGUUGUUCCCGAAAUCAACACGAAACUCGACGGCGCCUCUACCCAAGGCGAAAACAUCGCCGAUAACGGCGGCAUAAAGCAAGCUUACAAAGCAUACAAAAAGUGGCUAAUGCUCAACGAAGAUUCCAAACUACCUGGAUUUAACGCGACCGAUGAACAAUUAUUUUUCAUUAACUUCGCCCAAGUUUGGUGCGGAACAUCACGACCAGACGCAACGAGAAAUCGAAUAAAAUCCGCCGUACACUCACCAGGAAGAUUUAGGGUUUUAGGCACAUUGAGAAACUCCGAGGAGUUUUCGAAAGCUUUUAGUUGCAAAGCUGGAUCUCUUAUGAAUCCGAAAAAGAAGUGUACUAUAUGGUAAUUUAUAAUAUUUAGAUUUAAGUGUGUUUAUGUUUUUUUUAACUUAAUGAAAUAAAUGUACAAAUGUAAACUUUA